GUGAGACGCACUUACGCCAAAGGCAUACCUGCCUUAACAUGGGAUAAGAGGUGCUAUGGAAUGGAGCCCCAGCCAAUGCCCAGCAACAUUUGUGAAAUGAAGCAUUCCAGUGCCCAUCACCACUUAAGUGUUGACUCCAUUCUCCCCGACAACGCACGUGUCAAACAAACAGUCAAUAACCAUAUUGGCCAGCUUUAUCUCGGCGGAUUCGUCCAGGAGCCGUUCUUGACGAUAAUGACAACUUUUUCCUUCCCGGUGUAAGCGCUCAUUGUGAUCCACUUACCGUCGAAAGACGAAAGCUCAAUUGCCCCUCAUUUUGGUACUACGGCUUCAAGAUAUCGACCCCCCACUAAGGAAUAGCCAGCGCACCUCAUCGAUCUUCGCGACGUCUUUUUUGAACGCCAUGAAUUGGGCAGAUCAGUUUGAUGGCCAUGGACGCUCCUUCAUCUAUGAAGAAGACGGCCAGCCGAUAACCCAACAUACACGCCCCGUCCUACCGAGAUCCAACCCUCAACCUCGUCGUCCGCCGCCCCCUCCGCCAAAGAGGUCACAAGACCCCCACGAGAACAUCCACGCCUGGCUCUCGGGCGUCACGAUCGACGAGGAACAUGUACCCCUCGCAUCAGACAUCUUUCACGCUCUAGGGCAGAUCCAGAGCCAGACGACGGGGGGCCACCAAGCACCACCGGUGGAUAAACAGCAGCAGCAGCAGACACAGACAGAGACCCAGACCGCUGGUCCGACGGUGACUGUCCACACGAUGGGCCCCGGCUUUAUCGGCCGCGCCCCGGCGUUUGGGACGUCAGAAUUCUUUGCGAAUAUGGUUGUUGUGGGGAUUUUGUUGCUUUUUGCGCCGGGGUUCACGAUCCUUGCGGCGGGGGUGUUUUUUACGUCGAGGGUUGCGGAGAGGUGGGCUGGGCAGGAGUGAGGAUUGGUAGAGGAGGUGAAUGUGGUGGUGAAUGUGGUGGUGGUGGUGGUGGUGGUGAUGGAUGUGUGUCCGUUUGGUGCUCGAAAUGACGUUUGAUGGUUUAU